CCUGUGUCCUGCGAAUAUACGUCAUGACGUAGCGCACGGAAGUGUUGUCGGAGUAGAAGCGACGGUGAAGUCUCUUCUUCUUCCUCCCGUUUCUUUCUUCUGAAGUUUUAUUGUCGGAACCAAAACUGAGAGAAGAAGAUUCAGCGGAACAUCCGCGGCAUCAGAUCACAUGAACGCCAUGGACCACGCCGGCCACGUCCACCACGACACCAUGGCCCCGCCCACCACCAGUGGACAUGAUCACGGGGGAGGAGGGGCUGAUGGGAACCACGGAGGACACGGGGGGAUGGUGAUGACCUUCUACUUUGGCUACAACAACGUGGAGCUGCUGUUCAAGGGACUGCUCAUCAACACACCUGGAGAGAUGGUUGGGGCAUGUAUUGGCGUCUUCCUAUUGGCCGUCCUGUAUGAGGGGCUGAAGAUUGGACGGGAGGCGUUGCUGCGUCGCAGUCAGGUGAACGUGCGUUACAACUCGAUGCCGCUGCCCGGAGGCGACGGGACGGUGCUGAUGGAGACGCACAAGACAGUCGGCGAUUCAGUGAUUGACAGUCAGUGUUUGGAGGAGGCGGAGCAUUCUGUUGGAAUAAAGUCACGCCUCCCAGGACUCUCUAUCAGGCAGCGGAUGAUAAGCCCUGGCCACUUCAUGCAGACCCUGUUGCACAUCGUCCAGGUGGUCGUGAGCUAUUUCCUGAUGCUCGUCUUCAUGACCUACAACGGUUAUCUGUGCAUCGCCGUGGCAGCCGGCGCUGGCAUGGGUUACUUCCUGUUCAGCUGGAGGAAGGCCGUGGUCGUCGAUAUAACCGAGCACUGCCAUUAGCUAACACACUAGUAAGCAUCGCGUUGGGAGGUUUAAUUACUGCUGAUCACAAUUGAGGCACGAGACCUUAGAUGACGUGCUGCUGAAGCUACAAACCACCUGAGGCAGUUUCAUUAGCACAUAGAACAAAUUAACAAUUGUUAUUUCGGAAUCAUGGUAACACGUCGUUAGAGGUUAGCGUGCACACUAACAUUGUAGUAGAGUUUUGGUGAACUCCCUCUGGUGGGCGAGACGGCCAAUCAAAGCUCAGACCCCACCAGAAGGUUCUGAUUGGCCAAUCACCUUGUUCUCUGUUUUUAAAUGUUUCUGUGCCAUGACAACUGAACGGUUAGCGCUAGCUGCUGCUAGCCUAAAUAGCCUUCAUACACUUGUCUUUUAGUUAGCAUCGUUAGCAGCUCGUUAGCUGAGCCACCAUACAACAUUGUUUAAACAGUUUGGAGAUGAUUUAUUUUACAUGUUGAUCAUAAUGUCCUUUGAUUUAACUGAAAAAAGGUUGUUUUUUUGUUCUUGUUGAAUUUUCUCUAUUUAAAUUGAAACAUCGUCGACAUAGAUCCAUGAAUUUAAUUUAUCGACAGAAUCACAUUUACAGUCUCAUCUCUCAACUGAUCAAAACUGAAUCUAUACAAUCAUUUUCUUGUUUACAACAAAUGGCCAGUUACACUUUUUAAGUAAUAUAUUUUAAGAAUCAUUCGUUGUUCAGUUUGUUUUUGAGAACUCUUCCUGGUUGGUGAGUCGGCCAAUCAGAUCAGAGCUCAGAUUAUCUGUCUAAACAUUAGAUUUUGAUUUUUUUAAAGUGUCCAUACAGUCGCUGUUUCCCCAGGUCGAGUUUUAAAAACCAUUAAUCUCAGUUCAUAUUUACAGAUGAAGUUCAAUCUACUUUUUUGUUUACGAAUCGUCACCGUCUCGUUGAGCCUUACAGCGACACCGUCUGCCUUAACGUGGUGACGCAUGACGAGUGUGAAGUUACGGUUAAUUCAUCAGGACGUUCUGUCGUAGAUGUUGUGAUAUGUUGUGAUCAUUUUUUUAUUUUCAAAUGAAUAGAUUCACACUGAGGGAGGCGAGGUUUACCUCGGGGACCAAUGAGAUUGCAGGGACAGAUCAAUUACUGGACUUCUACUUGCUGAUUAGGUGUAUUGUGAUGAAGGGUGUCCACAUACUUUUGACCAGGUGCUCUGGUCUAUGAAGUUUAGAGGCUUUCUGAUAAAUAAAAAAUAAGAAACUGUCUGUGAAGGAAACUUAUAACAGAAUAUUAUGAAAGUGUCUGAAAUGUUUUAACUGUCACAAAUGCUGGAAUCAUACAAAAACCUUAAUAAAGUUUAUGAAGAAAA